GGUUUGCCAACUGACCGUAGCAGGAGAUCCAAGAGAGACACAGACAUGCUGACGGGCAUGGAGUACCUGAAUAGAGAGACACAGUUUGCUGUGGCUGUGGUUUCAAAGACCAUCCCUAACGAACCUCCACAGUUCCUGUCAGAUUUGAGUGUAACCAUGGAGGAAGAUUCAGGUACCCUGAUGUACUGGUUAGAGGCAGAAGACAUAGAUAAUGACGACUUUGUCUUUGGCAUCGUGCCGGACUCUUUACCCAAACUGGGCACAAUGAGUUUAUCUUCGCAGGGACUUCUACAAUACAGGCCUUUACUGGAUCAUUCUGGUAUAGACAAGGUCAUGAUUUAUGUGAAAGAGAAUCGUGAAAAUGGUGACAUCAUUCCUAUCAUGGAGACAAGAGCUACAUUUAACGUCACCAUCAAGCCUAAAAAUGACAACCCCUACAUCUAUGUGCAGGUGGAUGGACAGAUGUUGGUUGUAUUGGAGAACAACACAGUGAAGAUCACUGUUGAACAGAACAUAGACACCAACAUUUGGUACCAAGAUUUUGACACCACCGUGGCUGUGUGGGACCCUGACAGUAACGAUAACCUGACCAUUGACCAGUACAACCCAACAUAUGGGAACAUCCGGCUUAGUCUGAUACAUCCUAAUGACACAGAACUUCCUUCGGAGGGAACAUACAUAAAGGCAUCAGUGAAGUUUGUGCCGAUUGAGGACUACUAUGGUCAUGAUGAGUUCAUACUGAUGGGCAGGGAUGAAGAUGGGCUGUUCUCUGAACGCCUCAUCUUCAAGGUCUACAUUCUACACAUGCCCUGUAUCAACAACGGAACAUGCACUGAAAAUUUCUGUCGAACACAUAACUAUUGA